AUGGCUACUCAACAACGCGCUCCCGAACUAAUUCUGCACUCGCUACUCGUUAAUUACUUAUCAAAAGAGGACAGUAUAGAGCCUAACAUUCCAUUUCUUCUGGAAACUAUAACUUUCCACCAACUUUUAAGUAGUGGUGGUGGUAGUUCUGGUAGUGGAAAAAGCGACUCCAAUAACAAUAGUGCCGAGAAAAUAAAUCCACCACUACACAAAUGGUGCACACGAGUGAAUUCCCUACUCUCGUCAAAAACACAGAGCGCCAGGUGGGCCGGCGUAUGUUUUGUUAAAGUUUCGAUAGAGCAGUCCUGGUUGCUGUUUACAGAAAACUUUAGUCUAUGGAGUACAACAUUAUUGAGUUUGCUUGUGAGACCUGAACCAGUAACCACAUUAAAAGUAAUCAUAUCAACUUUAUCAGAAAUGUUUUCAAAAACCGUUGAUAGACUGGAAUUACAGCGAGAAGUAACCUCACAACUAUUACCCCGAUUUAAUUCGUGUCUAAUAAAUCUAUCAGGAACUAAAGAUCUUCUGCGGUUUCCCUCAAUGUUUCGUCCCAUUCUACAAAACGCGCAAAACUUAUGUCUUUCUGUAUUCGAUAAUAAUGAUGAGAAUUAUGAUUCUGAUUCUGAGGUCGUGAAAAAAGCGGCAAAAUGUUUUGCGAAUAUUUGUAAUGCUGGUGGCAAGAUUGGUGCUUCUGAACAAUGGCGGCUGUCGUUGAUUUGGUUGGUGGGGUCCACUCAUGUAAUUUUAGAUCGGUUAUUUGAUACGGUGGAUGAAGAAAAUAAAUUUGCUAAAAAACAGCAGCCGCAGCCGCCAGGUCAACAUCAAUUUGAGUUUCCUAAAGUCACGGAUGAUUAUAUUGUUGGAUUCCCUAUUUUGUUCAAAAGAUUUAGAAUUCUUUGUCAAUUCAUUGUAUCUAUGCUAAGAAAUCUCAGUUCUACUAAUUUAGCGAGUGUUCAAGUACCCGUUAAUCUUUUUAUGGAAUUGAUAUGUAGAGUGUGUAAUGUUUGUGAUGGCGUGAUUGGAUCGGAUCACAAGGAUAAAAAUGAAUUUUCCACACUUUUAAUUGGACUUCCUGCGCUUCAUUUGGCAAUCAAUAGAGUGCUUGGAAGUUUAAUUCUAUGUUUGGUGCGAGCAUCAAUUUACAAUUUAUUUAAUCUAUGUAUUCAAAAGUAUCGAAAUGGAUUUCUUUUAUCAUCCUCCUCUGCAUCAUCAUUGAUUUUCAAUAUCAUUGAAGAUCUUACUAUAAAUGAGAUUACUGCUACCAAAAUCGAUAGUAAUAAUGCUGAAGCAGUGAAUAGUAUUAAAGGUAGCAGCAAGAAGAAAAAAUCACGAAUCACGAAUUCUGAUACAAUGAUUAUUGGCGCACAAACUGUGCUCGAGCAGUCGAAUAUAGAUUUGCAAAUAGCUGCACUUGAAGUUCUCAAAACGUCACUCUCCACAACCGGCGGUUCUUCAAUUCCCCCAACCUCUCGAACACUACUCGACAACCUACUCCUAUCCCGAAUCCUCGACAAUAACAUCAAGACCAAAACAAACGCCAAAAUUAAAUUAAAAUUAUACGAAUGUUUAUUGGCAUCGAUUAUCGCACCUUCAGAGUAUCAAGCAAAUAUCCUUCCAUACGCGUUAAGAAUCUACAAGUCGGGAUUUAAUGAUGAUUGUUUUGAGAUACAAUCUUUUUGUUCAUAUGCUUUGACGAUAUGUGAUUUAAUCUAUCAUAGUAGAUUACCGCCGAUACAAAGAUCUGUUCCGUCUACACGUCUGUUCGAUAAACCGUCGUCAAAUUUAAAAGUAUCUUCUGAUUUGGAAAGCUUGGGAAUUAAUAAUAAGAGUAACGAGAUCACUAACGAGAAGACAGAGAAACACAAACAAAACACUGCUAUAGCAACAAAUUCGUCAUCAAUCGAAAUUACAUCAAAUAUACAACAAUUAUCCCAAUGGGGGGGACAGCAAUCUUCCAGCGAAUCAAAACUACCAGAUAUUAGUAUAGGUGAAUCGCGGAAACAAGACAAUCCUGUGUCACUUGUUGAGACAUUAUCACUACCAGAACAACCACAUUUGGUAGAUUUCUUUGCUGAAAAAGUAUCAUCAAAUGUAUCGAUACAAGUCGAGUCGAGUUUCGAGACACAAAAUAUAACAAAUGAAGUGUCGUCAUCAGCACCAUCAACUAACGAUACAACUAGCAAUACAAAUACUACCAAACCAUCUUCUGAAAAAAAAAGAUUAUUUCCUUCAGAAUUUGAAGAUGCUUCUCAACAACGAUUCAAGACGGGUAAAACGCGUGAAUCGCGUGCAUCAUCAAUUGCUCCUGUUCCUCCUUUGUGA